AACAUGUGCAGCAGUCAGCAGCAGCUGUUUGGUUUCCAGUCGUUUAGUGUUGGUUGUCAGCGUCAAUUGUAUAGCAAUUUAGUAAUUUAUAAAUUAAUUGUUGUCACUGCUGCGCUCUUUACAUAUAGCAUGAUUCUGGUUAGGUAAACGCCUCGAUCGUGUUUACCAUACGAACGCCGUGAUUGCGUCGCUACAACUCGUAUGUGCGAAGUGAAAUCAACCUCAAUGCGGAGGCGAGUUAAUUAAUAUUCGUUGGAUCGAAAAGUCGCGCACAUUUCGUAUUCCGAUCGAACGGGUGUACAGUUACGGUAUUUCUAAGGUAUGUCACUCAAUAUUCAGCAAAUUAUUACGGACGCAAAGCGGCUCUCUGGCCGCUUAAAAGAACGCGAUGCCGUAGCUGACAUUCUACUUAACGAGACGCACGCAAUCAAUAAGAAAAUUGAUGCUAUGAAGCAGUACCAAGAAGAAGUUGAGACUUUAAAUGAAGUAGCUCACCAGAAGCCACACUCACAGCUGAUAGCCAAUAUACAAAAAGAAAAUCGACAUUUGCGAGAAAUCCAACAGGAAAAUCGCGAGUUGCGAGCCGCACUCGAAGAACACCAGACGGCGUUGGAGCACAUAAUGACCAAGUACAGACAACACACCACUGAACAAAUAUACAACUCGAGAAUUGACCUCAAGACUGUGAAUAAUGAAAAGUACAACGAGAUUAUAAGACAACAAGCUGAGAAGAUUCACGAGAUGGCGUCAGUCAUGAAGAAAGCUGCCUCGAUGCAUGAGAAUGAUACAUAUCAUGAAGAGGAGAUGCUAACCAGAUUGCGAGCUGAAAAUAAAGGUUUAAGAGAACUCCUGGGCAUAUCUUGUAAAAAUGGCUCUUUAGGUAAACAAAUUUCGCCUGUGACCGAGGACAAACUUGUGCAAACGGAGCAAACUAUGAUAAAAUUGGAGAUAUUAAUUUAAUUCAGUCAGCGGGCAGAAUUAUUAGUGAAUUAUUUUCUUGUUCUUGUUUUUCUUUCUUUUUACUUGCUUUGAAAUUAUUUUAAUGGAAUUGUUAUGAUUGGUUGUAAUUUACAUAAGAAAAUUGUUAUUUAUUUGUUUUUGUUUAGAUACUUUUUAGGUUGUAAUGGUUUCAUCUCUCGAAUAAUGACUAAGUGAUUCCACACUUGCACAUUGUUUUCAAUUCGCACUCCAAUUUUACAAUAUUGAAGCCAUGCGUCUAGUAUUUAUACACACUCAGAAGUAAAUGAACUCUAUUUGUUAUUUAGUUAUAUAAUAUUAAGGGACUCAUUGUCGCAGCACACGGCACAAGAAGUUUCACUAAUCAUCUCACAUUCUGAUAAGGUAUAUUUAUCAAACCAUUUUAUAAAUAGUUUUUUAUUGCAAUGUAAUUUUCAUCACGCAUUUCAUAGAUUUGUAAUGAAAAUACAUAUUAUGGGCGAAGCGUGCUGCGAUUAAUGGUAAUACGCGUCAUGUUUUCGUGUCAAUUAAUCACCUAAUAAAUGUUUUUCAAUGAAUUUGUAAUAAACGAGUUUCAAAGUGA